GGCAGCAGGUGAGAGCGCAGCAUCAGAGAUACGCAGAGCUGAGGAAGUAGCGGAGUAGUGAGGAGCAGAGCCAUGGGAAAGCUUCAGGAAUUUGAUAUUACUUUUACCAACAACAAGGUGGUUUACGGUCCGGGGGAGUCUAUAAGCGGGACGGUGAAGAUACGAACCACCGAGUCGCUGCAUUUCAAAGCCAUCAAGGUCAACUGUCAUGGCUCCUGUGGGGUCUCCAACACAGCAAACAGCACAGCAUAUAAUGUGGAGGAACAGUACUUAAACAGCACGCUGUCUGUUGCCGAGAAAGGUGUCCUUCGAGUGGGCGAACACAGUUUCCCGUUCCAGUUUGUUAUUCCAGCUGCUGUCCCAACUUCCUUUGAGGGACCCUUUGGGAAAAUAGUUUACCGAGUGAAGGUGACUAUUGACACGCCACGCUUCUCCAAGGACUACAAAAUCCAGAAGCCCUUCUACCUACUCAACAUGCUUAACCUCAAUGAGGUUCCAGACAUUGCUUAUCACAGUUCUGCUGUGGCCACCAAGAAGUUCAACUACCUCCUGGUGAAGUCGGGGACUGUGAUGCUGAAAGUUUGCAGUGACAUGAAGGGUUACAUCCCCGGUCAGGUCAUCAAGUUAUUCACCGAGAUCCACAACAAAUCUGGCAAGGACACGGGGUGUGUACUGGCCAGUCUCGUACAGAGAGUGGCCUACAAGACUAACAAGCCUGUGGUAGACCUACGGACCAUUGCAGAGGUGGAGGGAGCGAAAGUGAAGGCAGGAAAACAUGCAGAGUGGAAGGAACAGAUCAUCGUUCCUCCACUCCCUCAGUCACAACUGACAGGCUGCAACCUUAUAGACAUCAUCUAUUUCAUUCAGGUGUCACUAAGAUAUCCUGAAGCAGCUGUCACUCUGCCUAUCUAUAUCGGAAACAUCGCUUUAAACCAGUCUCCGACGAGGUCUACACCCACCAGUCCAGCGGGUGCAGCAGGGGUGAUGCCCAGCGCUCCGCCAGCAGAGGAGGAUCGAGGCGAUGAUAUAUGUGCAGGAGGCUUUACCAGUGAGGAACUUCCCACAAAGAGUCACUCACAGCAGGAUCCCUCAGGCCAGGCAGUCACAAUGUCUCCCAGCGCCUUCAGCUACGCACCAGGUGCGGCAGCGCCGCCUAGCCACAAUCCCCCCGAUGCAUCUGCUCCGCUCUUCUGUUUGUCCACAGGAGCCACCAUACCUUUCUUCACUGAGGGAAAUGUUGCUCCAACCCCCACUUCCUGUUCACUCAUUCUCCCUCCAGAGUACAGCACUACUGACUACCCUCAUGAGCCCCCACCUAGUUAUGAGGAAAGCUGCAGUAGUGCCAACUCCAGUUUCAACAGUAGACAGUAGAGAAGCAGGUGGAUGAAGAAUUGUGACCACUCCCACCUACACCUGUUUGCACUCGCCUCGAAACGAAUCCAGAGACAAGGUGGAUGAAAAGAGGAUGGAUGCUUCAAACUCCCCAAGGAUUGAUUCUUUGUCCUGCAUUGAGUUUUGUUUUCUUUGUUUUUUUAAAAAGGGGAUAAUUUCUUAUAAUGAAUAUAAGAAUUUAAAUUUUUCCUCAUGUCCCAGCAGAUAAUGUCAGGUGAACAUCACUGUGCCUAAAGAAAAAAAAGAAAAAAGUAUUUCAGAUUGUUAUACAGCAUUUAGAAUAAUCAGUCGUUCGACACGUCUGUUGUGUUUUUAUUUCCAACAUGUUGUUGCAUCUGUGAUGCCUUGAAACUAAAAGCUUUCAGUCUGGCCUUUUUGUGGUGGGGCGGGGGGGUCCGGGGGUCCAAACAUGCGCUUGUUAGUGUGGUCCGCUGCUCUUUGUACAUGUCUCUGCUGUCCUCGUCGUCGUGCAGGCAGAGCUGCCUCCAUCAUGGAUAUAAAAAGAGGAAUACACAGUCACAGGUGAUGCCUGUGAUAACAGCUUCUUUUCACAUCAAAAUCUGUUUUUAAAUGCACAGAAUGGUUAUAAAGAUAAGUAGGUCCUUAGGGAAACCACUCGGCUGAGUAACUGAUUAAAAUAAUUCAAGGAGCAAAUUCAGUUC